GGCCAUAGAGACAGUGCCUGCGGGAGCCUAGAGAGGCGGAUACGAGGCUGGAAGGGACCCGAGGCUUCCGCUCAGCCGAGAGGCAAGAUGGCUACGACUUGGGGCGGCACUGGGCCUGACCCAGGAAGUCGGGGUCUCCUUCUCCUUCUGUCUUUUUCAGUGAUGCUGGCAGGAUUGUGUGUGGCAAACUCAGUGGAGAGGAAAAUCUACAUCCCCUUAAAUAAAACAGCUCCUUGUGUCCGCCUGCUCAAUGCCACUCAUCAGAUUGGCUGCCAGUCUUCAAUUAGUGGGGAUACAGGGGUUAUCCACGUAGUGGAGAAAGAAGAGGACCUGCAGUGGGUGUUGACAGAUGGCCCCAAUCCCCCUUACAUGGUUCUACUGGAGGGCAAGCUCUUUAUCAGGGAUGUGAUGGAAAAGCUGAAGGGGAGGACAAGCAGAAUCGCUGGUCUUGCAGUGACUCUAGCCAAGCCCAACUCCACUUCAAGCUUCUCUCCUAGUGUGCAGUGCCCAAAUGAUGGGUUUGGUAUUUACUCCAAUUCCUACGGCUCAGAGUUUGCUCACUGCAAACAAACAUUGUGGAAUGAACUGGGCAAUGGCUUGGCUUAUGAAGACUUUAGUUUUCCCAUCUUUCUUCUUGAAGAUGAGAAUGAGACCAAGGUCAUCAAGCAGUGCUAUCAAGAUCACAACCUGGGUCUGAACGGCUCUGCACCAAGCUUCCCAUUGUGUGCUAUGCAGCUCUUCUCACACAUGCAUGCCGUCAUCAGCACUGCCACCUGCAUGCGACGCAGCUUCAUCCAGAGCACCUUCAGCAUCAACCCAGAAAUCGUCUGUGACCCCUUAUCCGACUACAACGUAUGGAGCAUGCUGAAGCCUAUAAAUACAUCUGGGGCAUUAGAACCUGAUGACAGGGUUGUGGUUGCUGCCACCCGGCUAGAUAGCCGGUCCUUUUUCUGGAAUGUGGCCCCAGGAGCAGAAAGUGCUGUAGCCUCCUUUGUAUCUCAGCUGGCUGCAGCUGAAGCUUUGCACAAGGCACCAGAUAUCACCACCCUACCCCGAAAUGUGAUGUUUGUCUUCUUCCAGGGGGAAACUUUUGACUACAUUGGCAGCUCAAGGAUGGUCUAUGACAUGGAGAACGGCAAGUUUCCUGUGCGGCUAGAGAACAUUGACUCAUUUGUGGAACUGGGACAGGUGGCCUUAAGAACUUCACUAGAUCUCUGGAUGCAUACAGAUCCCAUGUCUCAGAAAAAUGAAUCUGUGAAGAACCAGGUGGAGGACCUUCUGGUCACUCUGGAGAAGAGUGGUGCUGGUAUCCCUGAAGUUGUCCUCAGGAGACAGAAUCACUCACAGGCCCUUCCACCAUCAUCUUUACAACGAUUUCUUCGGGCUCGAAACAUUUCUGGUGUGGUUCUGGCUGACCACUCUGGUUCCUUCCAUAACCGGUAUUACCAGAGCAUUUAUGACACUGCUGAGAACAUUAAUGUGACCUAUCCUGAGUGGCAGAGCCCAGAAGAGGACCUGAACUUUGUGACAGACACUGCCAAGGCACUGGCAAAUGUGGCCACGGUGCUGGCACGUGCGUUAUACGAGCUUGCAGGAGGAACCAACUUCAGUGACUCGAUUCAGGCUGAUCCCCAAACAGUUACACGCCUGCUCUAUGGGUUCCUGGUUAGAGCCAACAACUCAUGGUUUCAGUCUAUCCUCAGACAGGACCUAAGGUCCUAUUUGGAUGAUGGGCCUCUUCAACAUUACAUCGCUGUCUCCAGCCCUACCAACACGACUUACGUUGUGCAGUAUGCCUUGGCAAACCUGACUGGCAAGGCGACCAACCUCACCCGAGAGCAAUGCCAGGAUCCAAGUAAAGUCCCAAACGAAAGCAAGGAUCUGUAUGAAUACUCAUGGGUACAAGGCCCUUUGAAUUCCAACAAGACAGAGCGCCUCCCCCGGUGUGUGCGCUCCACGGUACGACUGGCCAGAGCCUUGUCCCCUGCCUUUGAACUGAGUCAGUGGGGUUCCACAGAGUAUUCCACAUGGGCCGAGAGCCGCUGGAAAGACAUCCAAGCUCGGAUAUUCCUAGUUGCCAGCAAAGAACUUGAGUUUAUCACCCUGAUCGUGGGCUUCGGCAUCCUGGUCUUCUCUCUCAUCGUCACUUACUGCAUCAAUGCCAAAGCUGAUGUCCUUUUCGUUGCUCCCCGAGAGCCAGGAGCCGUGUCUUACUGAAGAGGACUCCAGUUCUCCCUGCCAGCUUUGGACUUCAUUUCCUAGACCAGUUGUUCCACUGGGAACAGACCAUUAAUUUGUCACUGGACUGUCUCUGGGUCUGUCUUAGACUGGAACUGUGAGUGGAGCCAGGGAGAGAUGGACAAAUUGCCUCCCCUUCCCCACUCCCCUUUCCUAAUUGUUCCUCCUCCUCUAAUACCGGGGAUUAUGAUAGAAGCUUCCUGCUCCUGUUUUAACUCCCCAGUUGCUCACCCUCAUCUGCCUUUUCUUGGGAUACCUCUGUCUUUCCACCCUGCCCUGUACCUGUCUCUGGUUCCACUGUCACCCUACCCCCACCCCUGUACCCAACCACUCUCUGGACCAGGAAGAAGGAUGUGAAGGACUGAGCAUCAGGAUCAAACCGCCCGAACCCUUGGGGAGAAGAGUGGGUUCUGUGGCUGAGCCAGCUGUGUUUCUCACUGUCCUUUCUCCAGGUCCUCAGAUGACAUGUUAACGUGGGCAUGCUGUUAGGUGGGUAUCCCACCUCUAGCCCACAGUGCUCAGUUGUACUUUUUAUUAUUAAACUGUAAUAUCUAUUUUUGUUGGGGUUUCUUUUUUUCUCUCUCUUUUUUUUUUCUUUUUGUAAAUAUAUAAAUAGCAAGUUUCAUUAAAAUCAUCCCAUACAAUUUGUA